AUGAAGACAGUAGACACUAAAGGUCGUAAUGACACCAAAGAAAUUUCCCAAACAAAAAAUAACAGCCACAACAACAGCUAUAACUUCUACAACAACAACAACAACAAGAAUAGCACAGAAGAUAUUACAGAGGCAGCCUUUGUAAAUGCAGCAAAUAGCAAGGUUGUGUCUCUUUUGGCAAAAGAGGCAGGAUUCAACUCCGUACAACGAUCUGCACUUGACUCUCUCUCAGACAUAUUAGGAAUCUAUCUCGAAAGAAUUCUUUAUUCAUCUCACACGUAUGCAGAGCUUGGGAAUCGCAUGAGACCCAAUUAUCAUGAUGUUGAACAAUCCCUCAAGGAUGAAGGACUUCCCAUGCAAAACUUUGAGAAGUACUUGGAGAAAACAAAAGCAGACAAAACAUUGGUUAAACCUGCGAAACGAGUAUUACGUAUUGAACGCUCAAAGUCCCAAAAUAUGGAUCAAACAUCACACUUUCUCCCGUCUGAAGAUGAAGACGAGGAUGAAUUUUCAGAUGAAAGAAGAGAGUCUUCUGGUCAAGAUCUGCCGUCUUAUGUGCCUUCUCACUUGCCACGUUUCCCAAGUAAACACUCUUUUCGACAAACACCUGUAUAUAUACAACGUCCGGAUGAUCCACAAAAGGUGCGCGCGCUCAAUUCGCAGCAGUCUCGUACGGUGGAAGAGAACUUGAAACGCUUGAUGUCAGCCGAGAACCAACACGGGUUACAUACAGAUGAUCGCAAGGAUUCUAUAGCAUCCGGAAGCACCGUUGCUAUGCCACUGGUGAAUUAUGAAAACUCUAUGCAAAGAAGAGCGAGGGCAAAACAAUCGGGUUUCUCAGACUUCAGGGCAAGUGGCAGAAACAGUUACAGUGGCGAUAAACCGGUUAUACCAUUGAAGCGUUUUUCAGAUACGCUUGAUAGCCCUCCAAAAGAUGCCCGCAAAAAUGUUGGGCCUGUAAAUUGA